GUUAUUAAAAUGACAAAAUAGAAGAGUAAGGUUGUGGUUAACAAUACAAAAACAACGCAUUAAAUAUUAUAUCAAAAUCAAACCAAUUAUGAAGGCUUAAUGUUAUAAAUUUAAUAAUAUUUUGUUGUAAAUGAAGUAACUAUUAUAAUGUCGAGUGGAGGAACAAAUGUACCAGUUUCAAAAAUUAUUAAAAAUAAAAGCGAAUUUGAAGAUGAACCUAAGAAAAAAUCAAGAGAAGAUUGGCGCAAAGCAAAAGAAUUAGACGAAGCUAGAAAAGCAGGUACCGCACCAGCAGCUGUUGAUGAAGAAGGGAAGGAUAUCAAUCCACAUAUUCCACAAUAUAUAUCAACAGCACCUUGGUAUUACGGUACUUCUGGUCCAACAUUAAAACAUCAAAGACCUCAACCAGAAAAAGAAAGACAAUUUUCGCAUCUUGAUGAAUGGUACAAUCGAGGUGUUGAUCUGUCCAAGACAGCCACAAAAUAUCGUAAAGGUGCUUGCGAAAAUUGUGGAGCCGUAACACAUAAACGUAAAGAUUGCAUGGAAAGACCACGAAAAAUUGGAGCCAAAUUUACGGGAGCACAUAUAGCACCGGAUGAGUUUGUCCAACCAGAUUUAUCUGUCAGCUAUGACGGAAAACGAGAUAGAUGGAGUGGAUACGAUCCCUCUGAACAUAAAUCGAUUAUCGAAGAAUUUCAAAAAUUAGAAGAAGCUAAGCGUCAAAUUCGUGCUGAUAAAUUAAGUGCAGAUGAUGUUGCUGUAGAAGCGGAUGAAGAUAAUGAGGAUGAAGAUAAAUAUGUUGAUGAAGUAGACAUGCCAGGUACUAAAGUCGAUAGUAAACAGCGAAUUACUGUUCGUAAUCUUCGAAUACGUGAAGAUACUGCCAAAUAUUUACGAAAUUUGGAUCCAAAUUCAGCUUAUUAUGAUCCAAAAACAAGAUCGAUGCGAGAUAAUCCAUUAGCAGGCACUGGUAAAGAAUACGAGGCCGAAUAUGGUGGAGAAAAUUAUGUACGUUUUUCUGGUGAUACACAAAAACAUGCUCAAGCUCAAUUAUUUGCUUGGGAAGCAUAUGGUAAAGGAGUAGAUGUUCAUCUAUUAGCUGAACCUACAAAAUUGGAAAAAUUACAACAAGAGUAUGACAAAAAGAAAGAACAGUUUAAAUCAAAAGUGCAUGAGAGUGUACUAGAACGUUAUGGUGGCGAAGAACACUUAAAAGUUCCACCAAAAACAUUACUUUUAGCACAGAGCGAAGAGUAUGUAGAAUAUUCUAGAUAUGGCAAGAUUAUUAAAGGUAAAGAGAAGAAUAUUAUUCGAUCGAAAUAUGAAGAAGAUGUGUUUCCAAGUAAUCAUUCUAGCGUGUGGGGAUCUUUUUGGAAAAAUGGAAAAUGGGGAUACAAAUGUUGUCAUUCGUUCAUAAAGAAUUCAUAUUGUCUUGGAGAAGCUGGCAAGGAAUCCAAUGAAUUACAAACAGAACCAUCAACUAAUGCAUUAAUUGUUGACGAAAGGGAAAAACCUACACUAGCGCAUUCUUCAAACUCGAGUAAUGAAAAUUCAAAUUCUUCAGAUCAAGAAACACAAACCAGUGAAUCUAAACAAUUAUCUAAAAAGAAAAAGAAAGAUAAAAAGAAAAAGAAGAAACGAGAAAAAAAGGAGAAGGAUAAAUUAAAAGAGGCUCUGGAAAAGGAGGAAGAAAGCCAAAGAACUGCUGAAAAACUAUUAAAAAUGGAUGAGCGUAAACGACCUUAUAACAGUAUGUAUGAAGCUAAGAAACCAACUGAAGAAGAAUUAGAAGCUUACUAUAUGAAACGAGUACGAGAAGAAGAUCCUAUGGCUGGUUUUUUAUAAAUAAUUGAACUUUUGUAUAUUUUAAGUGUUUAUAAUAAAUUAGAAUUCAAUAAAUUAUUAUUUUAAGGACGUUCUUCGGGAAGGACUAAAAAUCACGUUUUAUUUGAUCAUCUUUAAAUCGUGUAUAUGCAUUCUCAUUAAUGUCCUUAUUCUUAAAAGUGUUAUAAUAUG